AUAUACGAGUGUACGUUUUUUACUGUUGUUUUUGAAAUUUACGAUAAUAAUAAAAACUUUUGUGACGACAAAAAAUUGAUGCUUGAAAUCUUACUUGCCUAUACAUUUACUGUUUUAUGUUGUGUUAAAUUCCAUUUAUUAUGAGAAGAAGUCGUGCGCCGUCUCAACAGUUUCCACUUGUUCCUAAAGAAGAUAUUGGUUAGUUUAUUAUAAUAUUGUUAAUAACUUAUACCUACUUAUGAGGCUAGGUGGAUAGUGUCUUCAAAAUUUAAUGCAUUUUGAGAAAAUAUGUUUAGGAUUUAAAAUUUAUUAGUUUCAAACAUUUUGUUUAAUUCUUCUAUUUUAAUUUUACCGUUUACCAUAAUAUGUUUUUUGGGCAUAUGUAGUUUGGUUCCCAAGCGAUUUUUUUUGAUUUUUUUUUGCCAAAAUUUAUGUUUUUGGGUGUUUAAUUUGAUGUACUUUCAUAAAAAGUCGAUCAAACUUCAUUUAGAAGUUAUGGUCAAAACAAUUAAAAAUACUCGAUUUUUUAAAAACCUUGUUUUUGAGUUUAAAAUACCAAAAGUUUAUAUUUUUGGAUUUUUUUUUUUAUAAAAUAUGAAAGUAAUUUAGGGGCUGGUUGUAAGAUAGGUAUUUUCACGGAAAUGCCCUUUUUACUUAAAAUAAUUUUGAUCUCAGCGACCGCUAUACUAUAAUACUAUAUGUGUAUACAAAUUUAUUUAGAAAUUUUAAUAAUAGAGCACUGUAGAAGCGUUUAUGUGAUUGUAUGUAACAUCCUUCCUUACAUAGAACCACAUGCUUUGUACGUGUUGAUUUAAAAUAUUAACAGUAAUAUUAUGGUAGAUAAAUUUGUUAUUUUUCGUUUUAAAUUAAUAGGUUUGGUAAAAACCGUUUCUAAAUAAAACUAAGCAUUAAGGAAUUAAGAUAACAUUUAAAAUAAAAAAUAAUAAAAAAUAUUAUUUGUAUUUCUAUAAUAAUUAUUAUUUGUUAUUAUGUUCAUAUUUUUCAAAAGUUAUGAAUAAAUUAAUUAAAUUGAAGUUCUUUAAUCAUUUUAAUUGAAAUAGAAUAUAUAAUUACUGUUUGAUGCAAGAAGGGCGUUUUCAUAACUAAAUAUCUUUAUUAUUUAAAACUUGUGGACACACAGAAAAACAAAACAAAGACAUAAUUAUUUUCUUUAAGAUUCUAUCUUACAUAUGACACAAAUUUUAUAAUUACGCGAGCAGAUCCAAAAGAUUGUCACACAUUCAAAAAUGUAAAAGUCUCAAAACACGUUUUUCGAGAUUACAUGCUUAGCAUUUUGGUGAAAUCAGAAUUCACCUAUUAAACUUAAUUGUUGUGUUGUCAUUAAUAGACCACGUAAAACCUAAUUACAAUGUUAUAUACAGAGUUUAUUAACAAUAACAUAAAAAGUAAGUAAGAUAGGAGAAUUCUGAUUUCACCAAAAUGUUAAGUAUAUAAUUACUACCAUUUCUAAAAAAAAAUCCAAAAAUAAAAAUGUUCGUAUUGUAAACUCAAAAACAUGAUUUUUAGAAAAAUCGAGUAUUUUGAAUUUUUUUUGACCAUAAUUUCCAAAUGAAGUUUGAACGACUUUUUUUGAAAGUACUAUCAAAUUAACCAUGCAAAAACACACAUUUUGGAACCAAAAAAUAAAAAUUUGCUUGGAAGGUAAACUGCAUGCAUUCCAUUUUUAAUUGUAUUUGUACUUUGUACAUAUUGUUAAAUUAAUUUUUUAAGUUAAUAUAGUAUUUAUGGUUAUCUAAAAUAUUAGGUUUCAUGCCUAUUAUACAUAAUAGGCAUAUAUAUACAAAUAAAUUUGUUUGUCAAAGCCCAUAGUAUUAUUAACAUAUACAUUAUAUGUUACCUACUAUUUCGUGCCCAAACAAAAUAUAGCCUUAUAAUAUUAUUCCACGUUAACAGUUAAAUUUAUUAAAGGUAUUGAUUGCAUAAUUAUUUAAAAAUAUAUUUUUAGAAAAAGGUGUGACAGUGGUCAGAUCACCUCUUGAAGUCCUUGCGCUCAUUAAAUCCUAUAAUGGUACAAUUAAUGAAAAUGUGUCUGAAGCAGUUCAAUCUGAUAGUAAUUUAACAAAGAGUAAUUUUGAGAGACCUUCUUUGCAACUUCCUCAAAAAUCACCUUUAAAAAUAUUAAAAGGUAUAGGCUCAAAAAGAAAAUGUUUAACUAAUGUGAAUGUGAUUCCUCAAGCAACUGAAUCUAAAAAUCAACAAGAAAAUACAAAUAGUAAUGCUCAAUUAAUAUCAACUACUCAAACAAAUUGUUUAAGAAGUAAAAAGUUAGUAUUACCUGUACAAAUUUAAAUGCUAUUUCCACACUUACAGUUUUUUGUUUUAGAUAUAAUGUGAUAUGGGGUAAACAAACUACAAAAAAACAUAAAACUUGGGAAAAUGAUGGAUAUAUGAUUGUAUCUGAUAAAUUAGCAACACUUCACGUAACAAUAAAUAAAUGUAAUAUUUAAGUUUUUGUGUUUAAUAUAACUAUAAUUUCAGGAUUCAAAUGGACAUAAAUUAGGUAGUACCAGCGACUUAAAAUCUUUAGACUUGGAAGAUGGUUCAAUUAUUGUUGUUGGUAGUAAACAAGUCCAAGUAUUAGAUUUAGUUAUUGAAUCUGAUCCUACAGAGUUAACAAAAUCAAAAGUAAAUGAUUGUCCUUUACCUCCUCGCAAACGGCCUAAGACAAUUUUGACCAUUGAUAUUAAUUCUGCAGACACAUUCAUUUUACCUGAACCUGAUAUUGAUCAUCAAGUAAAAAUUUAUUAACAGUAAUUUUUAUUGUGUCCUCAUCAGGUUAUUUUUAUUCAUAAUUAAAGUAUUACUUCAACAAACAAAAUGAAAAAAUUACUCCAGUUGUGCUUGAAUCUUUCUUAGCAAAACACUUAAGACCUCAUCAAAAAACAGGCGUAGCGUUUUUAUAUGAAUGUGUUUCUGGAUUUAAAGCUCAAGAAUAUUUUGGUGCUAUUUUAGCUGAUGAGAUGGGUCUUGGAAAAACAUUUCAAACUAUUUGUUUAGUUUGGUAAGUAAAUAAUUUAAAUUUGAUAAAUAAUGGUGUAUUUGGUUUUUAUUUUUUAUUUCUGCUUUCUAUAUUAAAUUAAGAAACUUGUAUUAGAUACAGAUAAUACUUUAAAUUUUAUAGUAAUACUUUUUAAAGCAUUAGUUAUUCUUUUGUUAUAUGCCUUUAAAUUAUUAAACUAUAAAUUUCAAAUGUUAAACAGAACACAACAAAAUUUUAAUUCCCAUUUGUUAUCAGAAUUUUUUUUUUUAAUUAGAAAAUAAUUGUUUUAAAUUAGUGCCCAAUUACAAUAGUAGCCUAUCCAACAUAGAAACUUUAUUUUACUUUUUAUAAAUUAAUUUUAGUUUUCAAUUAUAGGAUCUUACUUAAACGAGGUCCAUACGGAGGAACACCUAUUGCUAGAAGGGUAUUGAUAGUUGCUCCUAGUAGUCUUGUAGGAAAUUGGGAAAAUGAAUUUAUAAGAUGGUUGGGAAGAGAUAAACUAAGGCUAUUUUGUGUUGAUCAAGUAAGUUUGUUUUACAUUUUAAUUACUGUCCAUAUUUUAUUAUUAAAUACUUAAUUGACUAUUUAUUUAUUUAUUUAUUUAUUUAUUUUAAUUUGUAGAAGAAAAAGCCUUCAGAGUUUAUUAGAUUACCUGCCCGAAACUAUCCUGUAAUGAUAACUUCUUAUGAAAUGUUGGUGCGUUACAGUGAAGAAAUUGAAAAAAUAAAUUUUGAUUUAAUGAUAUGUGAUGAAGGCCAUCGGUUAAAAAAUAACACCACUAAUACAUCAAUAGCUUUAAAUCAAAUUAAAUGUAAACGAAGAGUCCUAUUGACUGGUACACCGAUUCAAAAUGAGCUUGCAGAAUUUUUUGCACUAAUAGACUUUGUUAAUCCUGGAAUAUUGGGAACUUACUCAAUGUUCAAACGUGAGUUUGAGGAUAAGAUUGUUGAAUCUCAACAACCCGAAUGUCAUCCACAGAUAUUGACAUUAGGAAAACUAAAAGCUGCAGAACUUAAUGAAAUAACUGAAAAAUUUAUUUUAAGAAGAACACAAGAUGUUAACAAUAAAUAUUUGCCUUCUAAAUAUGAAUCUGUAAUAUUUUGUUCAAUGGCAUCUCUUCAAGUAAUAUUUUAUUAAAAAUUGAUCCUAUCAUAUCAUAUAAUUAUAUGAUGAGCUUAUAUUAAAUACUGUUUUAGAUCCGUUUAUAUGAAGAAUGUGUUUCGUACUGGGAAAAUCGUGUACAAGAAUUUGGUUUGAAUACUAUUUCACAUUUUAGUGUUAUUUCUAUGUUGAAGAAAAUUUGCAAUCACCCUGAAUUGGUACUGAAUAAAAAAAACAAUCCUGAUACUGAUACCACUGAAGUAUGUAUAAUAAAAACAAAACUUUUUAUGUUGUGUUAUAAAUAAUUUAAUAAUGUUAAAUGGAUAUUUAUACGGAUGUUUUCUAGACUCUUCUAGGUCAACAUUUAAAUUGUACUAAUAGUUUAAAGUCUUCAUUAAUAGAAAGUUCAGGAAAGCUUGUAAUUGUUGACAAUAUACUAAAAGAGCUUCAUAAAAGUGGCUCUGAAAAAACUGUUUUAAUAUCAUAUUAUACUAAAACAUUAGAUAUAUUUGUAAAACUAUGUAAUAUGAAACAUUACAAAUAUUUAAGACUUGAUGGAACCACUGCUACUUCCCAACGAACUGAUAUAGUUAAAAAAUUUAACACUGCAAACUCUGAUUAUAGUAUUUAUUGUUUAUUUUUACAAUAGACUAUUAAUUUUUUUUUUUAAGUUCAGUCCUCUAAUAAAGUUUGAAUUUUUUUAGGUAUUCUUUUGUUAAGUGCAAAAGCAGGCGGUGUUGGUCUUAACCUUAUUGGUGCAUCCAAUUUGAUUUUAUAUGAUUCUGAUUGGAAUCCAGCAUCUGAUCAACAAGCUAUGGCUAGAAUUUGGAGGGAUGGCCAAAAAAAAAGUGUCCAUAUUUAUAGGCUACUAACAAGUGGUACUAUUGAAGAAAAAAUAUUUCAAAGACAGAUUAGCAAAACUGGUUUGAGUGAAGCUAUCACAAAUCCUGAUGUUCAAAAUAAUACAAAACUGUCUUUUGAUGAACUAAAAGUAUGGUUUUAACAUUUUGAAAAUGACUAAACCUUAAAUGUAUAUAAUAGUUAAUCUUAUAUUUUAGGAUUUAUUUAAUUUUAAAAAAGAUGCUUUGUGUAUGACUCAUGAUUUAAUAGAGUGUCAAUGUGGUGGCAAUGGCCUAGUUCUAAAUAAUAGUGAAAAUAAAUGUGAUGGGGAAAAAUCUGAAACUCCAUUAAGAGUUAAUGAACUCAUGAAAUGGGAACAUCAUUCAUCACCUUUUAAUAACCAUGUUUUAGAAGUAUGUAUUAGUAAUUGAAUGUAUUAUAAUUCUUUGUAGAAAGUAUAGAUUAGCCACAAUAAGUGUAUUAUAUAAAUAUUGUGAUUUAUAUAUGUAUGGCAUUAAAGUAAACAACAUAUGGUUGAAAUAUUUAACAAUUUUUCAGUUUAUGUAUUUUAGAUUCUUUGCUUAGUGAAAAGUAUAUUAGCGUAUUAGUCUUACUAUGAUAUGUGUUUUAAAAAAAAUAUUCUGUUACAUUUGUUUGACCAAACAAUUUGCUCUUAUCAUCAAAAUAAGGGAUUUCUGGUAGGAAAUUUUGUUUCUGUUUUAUGCAUCAGGGAAGUCAUUUUAAAUUCCGAGCAAAUCGUUUUUCGUUAGCAAUGAUUAAUCAUUCCAUACAGAUAAACAAUAAAUUUCCCUUAUACCUUCCGAAAUUCUCACCUACAACAGACCUACUUUACUUUCUUAUUCAGCAGUAUAUUUAUUUAUAUUUUAUUAAUGCAGUUUUUUAGUAAUAAUUAGAUUCUGAAUUUAUAUUCAAAACACUUUAUUUGUAUUCUUAAAGUUAUGAAUUUUAAUCUCAUAGUUAUGCUUCCAUCCAAUAAAAACAAAUGUUUACAUAUAAAUCUACGGACUGUAGUAAUAAUUAAUUAAAUGGAAUUGCCUGGUAAAAGAAUAGUUUUUCUGGUUGAUUAUAUUAUGUGUUUAGUAAAAACAAUAUGUUUAAUAAUAAUGUAAACAGUUUUUUAAAUGUAUUUUAAAUAAUCUAAAUUGUAUUUAAAUUAAUGAUUUGCAGAAAAAUGAGUUUUUAAAAAUAUAAAUAUAUUUUUAAUUUUGAUUUUAAUCUGAUUAUUGUCGAUAAUUUUUUUUUAUAAUUACCAUGUAACAUAUUUAAACUAUUAUAUUUAAUUUAUAUAUUAUUUUUUUACAUAACUUUUAAAACAUAGUUAAUAUAAUUUAUUAUUGUAUUUUAUUUAUGUUAUAGGCAAUGAAUCUAUCUGGAGUAUCUACAAAUAUUCACUUCUUAUUCCGAAAUAAAACAAAUUAAAUGUAUAUUCAAUCUGAAUGAUUUAAAACCAGUCUUCAAACAGAUAUUGUGUGAAUAAUAUUAAUAUUAAAUGCUUAAGUAAUUUUUAGAUGGUAAUUAUAAAACACAUAUUUUCAGAAUUUGUUUAUCAAAUAUUUAGGGGAAAAUAAUAAUUUUUAA